UUACAUGUUUUGUACAAGUAAAUAAUGAACAGACGUUUAACAAUAGAAUUGUCAAAUCAAGAAAAAUUGUUUUUGACUUAAUGAAGUGAUAAGGAAUAUUAAUCGCAAUGAAUGACGACAUUAUGAUUAUGACAUUGUACUUGUCCCCUCAUAUUGUUUGUUUAAUGAGGUCGUUAUCGAAACUAUCUUCGCAUUACAGUCGCGAGUAGGCACAGCAACCAAAAAACAUUAUCUAUAUAUUAAGUGAUAACUUACAUUUUAGACUUUGACUUAAUUGUGCCUCCAUUAAUAAGAGGGAAUCAUUAUGUACGCCAAUAGAUUUUUAAAAAUAAGUUCAUUGAACUUACAAAAUAGUGUAAGGUUUAAUCAUGCUCAUCAAUUAAAGUCUGAUAUACAAAGGAGGCAUAUUGAUAAAGUUCUGAUAGCAAAUAGAGGAGAAAUAGCAUGCAGGGUGAUGAGAACAGCUCGUAAAUUAGGAGUUCGGACAGUUGCUGUAUAUUCAGAGGCUGAUAAAAAUGCUAUGCAUGUUGAAAUGGCUGAUGAAGCCUACCACAUUGGACCAGCGCCAUCAACACAGAGUUAUUUAAACACAUCAAAGAUACUGGAAGUGGCUAAGAGAUCAAAAAGUCAAGCUAUACAUCCGGGCUAUGGAUUUCUGUCAGAAAAUGUUGAAUUCUGUAAGCAGUGCGCUGAUGAGGGGGUAAUCUUUAUUGGACCACCCACUUCAGCAAUAAGGGAUAUGGGAAUUAAAAGCACAUCGAAAGCUAUAAUGUCAAAUGCCGGAGUGCCAAUUGUCAGAGGAUAUCAUGGAGAAGACCAAAGUAUAGAGAGGCUUCAGGCUGAAGCUCAAAAAAUUGGAUUUCCGUUAAUGAUUAAAGCUGUGAGAGGUGGCGGAGGCAAAGGUAUGAGAAUAGCAAUGACGGAAGCUGAAUUUUUACCUCAAUUAGAAUCCGCUAAACGUGAGUCUUUAAAGUCAUUUGGUGAUGAAAGUAUGCUUCUGGAACAAUACAUCACAGACCCUCGCCAUGUAGAAGUGCAGGUUUUCGCAGAUAUGUAUGGAAAUGCCGUUCAUUUGUUUGAGAGGGACUGCUCAGUUCAAAGACGGCAUCAGAAAAUUAUUGAAGAAGCUCCAGCGCCUGGAUUAUCUGAAGAUACCCGGAGACAGCUUGGUGAGGCUGCAGUGAGAGCAGCCAAGGCAGUCGGUUACGUUGGCGCUGGUACUGUAGAGUUCAUCUUGCACCGAGUCACUCAUGAGUUCCACUUCAUGGAAAUGAAUACCAGGUUACAAGUAGAGCAUCCCAUCACAGAAAUGAUUACUGGUACUGAUUUAGUCGAAUGGCAGCUCCGUAUAGCCGCCGGCGAGCCGCUGCCUGUUUCACAAGAGGACAUCGUCCGCCGCGGUCACGCCGUAGAAUGUAGGAUAUACGCUGAAGAACCACGAGCUGGGUUCUUGCCACGUGCUGGGACACUGCACAGACUCACACAGCCAACACCGGAGGAAAACGUUCGAGUCGAGACGGGUGUCAGAGAGGGGCACGAGGUGUCGGUGCACUAUGAUCCUAUGAUAGCCAAGCUGGUUGUAUGGGGCCAGGAUAGAAAUGAAGCUCUCGCUAGGACUAAGAGAAAGCUAUCCGAAUAUCAGGUUGCAGGUCUUGAGACGAACGUUAAUUUCUUGCUGCGUCUGAGUGGCGCUAGUGCGUUCGUGGCGGGCGACGUGCACACGGCUUUCAUUCCACAGCACGAGGCUGAAUUGUUUCCCCAAUCCGACACAGUGCUAAGUGAGGAUAAAGCUAUACAGGCUGCUUUAGGUUAUGUUAUCAAGUGCCAAAAAGAUUCAACUGCAAACAACUCCUGGAAGGGAAUCUCAAUAAAACCAACUGCGUGGCGUCCUAAUUAUAAUCUAGAGAAAAUUGUUAAUUUAAAAUUCGAUGACAAAGAUACCAAAGUAACUAUCAAGUACCAAAAUGCACCUAACACAUAUCAAGUUAAAGUAAAUGAUGGCGAAUGGAAGUCAGUGGAGGGAGCAUUGAAGGCAACCGAACAAGGGCUGAGGCUGGUAUCAAAACUGGAUGGCCGGACCAGCAACGUUGGCUUCUUGACACAUGACAAUGAAAUACAUGUGUACGAUGAGAACGGUCAAACAGUGUUACAUUUGCCACAACCAAAGCAUCAGGGACCAUCCGGCCAAGACUCGACCUCAUCAGCUAACGUCGCCUUCUCGCCAACAGCGGGGGUUAUGGAAAAAAUACUUGUCAGCAAGGGAGACAAGGUUGUUAAAGGCCAACCAGUGUUUGUGGUUAUAGCUAUGAAGAUGGAGUACGUCGUCCGCUCGCCGCGAGAUGGCGUUGUAUCGGAAGUGGCAAAAUUUGUUCAAGGAGACGCCGUCGGAAAGGGCGUUCAAGUCGUUACUCUUGAAUCAGAAAGUUAAUAAUUUUAUAAUACGGCAAGGCAAAUACCAAAACAAUUUUUCGCCUAGCUAUAGAUUGUUGAACAUUAAAAUUAUUAUACAUAAUUUAAAUGUUAUUUGUCGCAAACAAUUUUGAUGAUCCGUAACCUCUUUAGAAAGUAAUGACGAAUUUAGCGUUCAUUUUGUUUAAUGACAUACGAAACGAAUAAGAAUAGGAUAUUGUUAUAGAUCAGUCGUACAUUUAACAGACAUUUUUAAUGUCAAUGGUACAGUAAUAAAAGAGUAAGAAAAAUAUUUUUUUAUAUCAUUUACUGAAAAUAAAAUAUUAUUAUACAAA